CUCUCUCCCUAAUUCCUUCUUCUCUGACAAUGGCGCAUCCUCCCAGAAAAGGGUCAGUCCUCAAAGCUGCUGCUGAAGAGAAACUCGACCAACUCAAAACGUCAGUCCUCAAAGCUGCUGAUGAAGGAAAAUUCGAACAACUCAAAAAAUGUGCAUCAGAACUAGACCAUGAACUGGGAGUUGGAUUACCAAUAAUACUUGGGAAUAUCCGGAAUGAAGGUGGUAGAGGUGCACUUCAUUUAGCUGCUGCAGGAGGGAGAUUAGAUGUUGUUAAGUACUUGAUUGAAGAUAUGAAAGCUUGAUAUCGAUGUCACAGAUAAUUCAGGCAAAACUCCCUUGUGGUGUGCAGCUAUACAAGGACGUUUGAGCACUGUAACAUAUCUUUUGAAAAUGGGUGCCAAUCCUGAAAUACCAAAUGGUACAGCUAUGUUUCCAUAUCUUCUGAAAGUGGGUAUCGAUCCUGAAAUACUAAAUGGUACAGAUAUGAUUCGAUAUCCUCUGAAAAUGGGUUCCAAUCCUGAAAUACCGAAUGGUACAGAUAUGGUUCCUAUGAAUCCUUUGCAUCAUGCCGCUGCGGAAGGACAUCAUGGUAUCAUAACCUUGUUACUUUCAAAAGGUGUCAACAUAGAUGUGUCAAAUGGUUUUGGCUCACCCCUGCUACAUGCUUGCGCUGUUGGCAGACACGAUACAGUUAAACUUCUUCUGGAUCACAAUGCCAAUCCCAAUUGGCUCGUCGGUGAGGCAGCUACUCCACUUCAGGCAUCCAUUUAUCCAAAUCUUGGCAAUGCGUGGAGACUUUACUCAAGGCAGGUGCUGAUCCAAAUGGUGGACCAGAUGGAAUGGAAGCUCUGUCAUAUGCUGCUGAAGUGGGGACAACACCAAUCAUCAAGCUACUGGUUGAAGCUGGUGCAGAUCCAAAUGUUACGAAUACUGUGAGUUAUAUGUAUGUUGGGUCUAUCUUCAUUUACCAGACCUGACUUACUGUAACAGGCAAUGCUUAAGGAGCAUUUUGCUUAACUUUAUAAAGCUCCAUGGGCCACAUUAGGGCGAUCAAAGGGAUAGUGUUGUCCACUGCAUCUUUGGGAUAGAAAGACGCAGCUGGUUUUUUUGACUUUGUUUAAAUGUAUGGACUAAAGCCAGUAGAAGUAGCAGCUCGUGCUGGUAAUCGUCAAGGUGUUGAGAUUCUUUUUGCCGUGACAUCUCCUAUUCCAUUUUAUGUGGACUGGAGCGUUGAUGGAGUGAUGGAGCAUGUAAAUUCUGAAAAGUUCAAAAAGAUGUUUCGUGAAGACAACGAGAUUUUUUUUCUUGACUCAAAAUCAAGGGGCACGAGUGCAUUCCGGAGAAAGGAGUACUCGCUGGCUGUAGAUUGGUACACUGAGGCCCUCAAAACGGAUCCUAGUGAUGCUGCUGUACUAUCCAACAGGAGUUUGUGCUUUGUCUAUUUGAAUAAGGGAAACUCUGCCUUAAAAGAUGCUACUCAAUGUGUGCUGGCAAGGCCAGACUGGCCAAAGGCUCAUUAUAGGAAAGGAGUAGCACUCAAACUAUUGAAUAGGCUUGACGAUGCAGCAGAUGCCUUUUUAGAUUGUUUGAAGUUGGAUCCUGAAAACAAAGAGCUUGAAGCUGCAUUCAGGGAGGUCUCUUUAGCUGGAUGAAGUCUGUCAGUGACUAGUCUGCCGGAUGAUUUAGUACUGUCCUCUUUAGAUCGUAAGGCUAAGUAGUACAUAUAUGGAAGCCCUUUUUUUUGUGAAAGUUUUAUACAAGCUAGUCAUCUAUAUUGUCAAAAAAUUAGGAACGGGCAAACAAUCUCUUGAACUGUAGUAGCUCUUGAAAGCCAUAUAUAUGUGUAAACAUCUGAGAUAGUGUGCCAAUUGGCAACUUAUU